AUGAAAGCCAAAAAAGCAGCAGCCAAGCCCUCUGUGACUUCUGAACCAAAGGACGACAAAAAGAAGGUAAAGAAAAGAGGUGAGACUUUUUCUCUCUACAUCUACAGAGUGCUCAAGCAGGUGCAUCCAGACAUCGGCAUUUCCAAGAAAUCCAUGAACAUCAUGAACUCUUUCAUCAACGAUAUCUUCGAAAAAGUCUGUGUAGAGUCAAGCAAGCUGGUUCGCUAUGGGAACAAAAGAACAUUAUCCAGCAGAGAGGUCCAAACAAGUGUCAGAUUAAUCCUUCCAGGCGAGCUUGCCAAACACGCUGUUAGUGAAGGAACCAAAGCGGUCACCAAAUUUACAAGUUAA